GUGACGGAUAUGUGGGCGAAUAAAUACGAUUUUUUAUCUUGAACGCAAUAUCGAAUCAAGAAAAAAGUUAUAUUAAAAUAAUUGCUCUACCUACUUUGUAUUUUGGAAUUGGUCAAUGUAAUCGUGAAUCGUGAUGUUGCCAGCUCCGAUCGUGAGCCUAGUAUAAGUGCUUUUUAAUAUCCUCGGAAAACCGAAAAGUGCAUCAUUGGUGUUGUUAAUUUCGAAGAUGUUACGGCAUCGGACCGGCGCUGCAGUGCGGGUCUGAGGGUCGGUGGGGGUGAGGGGAAGGGGCGAGGGGCACACCUCACCCCCGCCCAGGAGGCCGCGACCCGGUCAUGAGUCAGUCCUGCCAACUAAGCGCUUACAGCGGUAAAUUUACUUGUUUCGCUUCCAAAACUACAUUUUUGAAAAUGUUAUACUUUUGUUACAUUAUAAAUUCUAUUCAUAACAAUAGAUGUGUCAUAUCAACAAUAAAUAUACAAUAGAUGUUUCAUUUAUUUUUAGAAAAUUAAACGGGUACGAGUACGAUGAUUCUACGAACUGUGCUAAGUAUAACGCUAUAGAAUAAUUGCAAAGAAUCUCCUAAGCGAAGUUAGCGCUAUUUAAAGCCGUAGCAGCGCCAUUUCGUAGCUGAGUUGGCUGUAGUGUCAGGAGUUACGAUUCGCGAGGCAUUAGAGCCGCCGCGGCGCUCGCCGGCGCAACGCGCCGAUCAAAACUACUUAACCUCUAAAACUAAUUAUAUUACAUACGCAUUUAAUAGAAUUCUAUUUAGCCGCGUGAGUAUGUAAUUGGAUUACUGAAGCAUGGAUUAUUACAUAAAGUUGUGGAGUGCCAAUGAUGAUUAGUUUAACUCAGAGGAUAAACAAUUAAGUGGACUUUGAGUGAAGUGAGUGCCGUCAAUAUGAUUGUCGAAAUACAAGAGGAGGUUAGAGGAAAGAGGCCUUUUAAGAUAUGGGACAGCUCCCGAAAUGUAAGGAAGGGGCUGGUCGUAACAAGUUUUGAAGAAUUAAUACACAGAGGAAAGGAAAAGCUCUCGGUAGCAGCCAGUGAGCCGGUGCGGCUGGUGUUGGAGAGCGACGGUACGCAGGUUGAGGACGGAGAAUACUGGCGAACUCUUCCUCCUAAUACUGUGCUGCUUCUACUACGGCCCGGCGAGCGCUGGUAUCCCACCGGUGUAGACGUUAUUAAGGCUGCGAUAUCUGCAAUACCGAAAAUAGUAUGCGAGACGAUCCACGCGCUCGAGUUACACGAUGAAACCCCUUCAUGGAAGAUCAUGGACAACAAGGGGCGCGUCACCGUCGUGCUGCACUGGGACCAGCGGCCGCAGGCAUCGCCGGCCGCGCGUUCACCCAGCCGUCAAGUCAAGCCUGACAGGCGUCCUUCGCUCGUUAUCCAGACAUCUGUAGAUCGGCCACAGCCGCCGCCACCCCACAUAACCGUGGUUAACCAUGACGAGCCAGGACCGGCUAGACCGCGUCUGGCGCGCGCGGGUUCCUCCCUCGACCACCACGUGCACACGGCCGAGUGCCGGGCAGCCCCACCGGCGCACGCUCCGCGGCCUGCCGCCGACGAGUGUGACUUCCAUUGCUGCGCACUGCACGAGGAGGGCCGCCGGAUCGCGGUGCACAAGAGUGUCGCCACCUCGCCCAUCCAAGACGCUCAGCCGCGCGCCUCGCCGCAGGGCAGACCCAAAGGUCACGUGCGCUUUCUAGACGCAGAAUCGGCGCGCCGCGGCGAGCGGGACUCAUCCGAGAGCGAGACGGAGAACACUCUCGUCGAGGACGAGGCCAUCACGUCCGAGAAGUUUCUGCUCCUCAUAGACCAGCUGAGCGUCGACCAGAAACGGCACCUCACGAUCAAAGAUAUAGGUAUCAUUUUAGAGCGGCUGAGCUCAAAAAUUUUAGACGUGGAGCGGUUAGACAGGGAGUCUGAGUCAGACGACUGCUAUAAUUGGACGAUCAAAGCGACGAUAAGAGGGGACGCGCUACGCGAGCUCGGGGUCAUAUAUAACGGCAAUUACUACGCGAUCAGCGAGCACCCCGGCUACCGAGAGGAGAACGAGGAAGCGGGAGACGAGGGUGAAGAGGAAGAAGAAGAAGAUCGACUCUGAUCGGGCCUGUGCGGCGCCGCCGUGCCCGCCGCCGCCGCGCUUCGCCUGGCGCUGUGCCGCGUCGCUGCGCGCUGACCGCCGCACGUCCAUCGCACUGCAACCGCACCACACCACCCGCCGUCGUACGACAACGAGACAGCACCGAGUAGAACACGGUCGAUCACCUCAAGGUACAUGGCUACCGAGGACUCGUUAAUUCUAUUGAGAGUGAAUAGUCGUAAAGCAGCGAAAUCUCGGGGUGUGUUUUAGAAAUCAGCGACGAUUCGAUUUGAAGCAUGUAGUUUGAAACAUGCAGUCAUAUAGAGACUUUUAUGAAAUUCUGCCGCGGGUGCUUCGCGUCGCCGCCUCGAGACAAGCGGCGCGAGGCAACGAGGCCUAGUUUAAUAGUGAAAUUAAAAUAAGUAAAACUGACUUCCUAUCGAAUUCUAAGAUGAAUUAAUCGUGGCAGCCGGAUCUCGGCCAGCCGUAUGUAGUUAAUGUACACAAUAUAUAAUACGUCGACAGCAGUCAUGGUAACAGCACAAAUAUGGAUAUCAUCGACAUUGUUUUCGAUAUAUAAUUAGAUAUGUAAUAAAUUAUACACGACUUAGCAAGUACUCAAGAAAUUAAAUUUCAUACAUAUGAAUAUUAUCAAUUGGGAAUUACCUGAAUCGGUGUCCUACUUUCCGACAGUAUACCUCGGUUCGUCUUUACGUUCGUGUCUAACAGCCAUAGAUUGGAGGUUUAAUUUGAAUUUGGCCUAAGCAUUCUGCCCUAAAGACCCAAAUAAUUACGUUUCGGUUAAACUACCCAAAUCAUUCAUCCGCAUUUAUACGUGAAAUU